CCUGUUGGUGCCAUUGGCCGGGAAGAUGGCGGUGAACAAGAACCACUCGGGGGGCGGCGGGGUGAUCACGCCCAACGGGGAGAGUAUUCUCAAGUAUUGUAAAGAUGUCGAGCUGACCUUCUCUGAUGUGACUAACAAGGCAGAGCUCUUCAAAGGCACUAAGAAAGGCAUGGUGUUCCUCACUCCUUACAGGGUUAUUUUCGUGUCCAAGAGCAAAGACCAAAUGAUGUCCUUCAUGAUGCCAUUUCACCUGUUGAAAGGAUGCUCAAUUGAACAGCCAGUAUUUUCUGCCAAUUAUAUAAAAGGAGUGAUACAAGCAGAACCUGGAGGUGGCUGGGAAGGAGAGGCUUCAUUUAAGAUGAGUUUCUACAGUGGAGGUGCCAUAGAGUUUGGGCAGAUGAUGUUUAGACUUGCUAGUGAUGCUUCCAGAGGAACACCUACCCAGAGCUUUGGCUAUGGGUAUGCACCUUUUCCUGGGGCCUACGGCCCUCCACCCUUUCCAGGAGGAUAUGGACCUGCACCAGGGAACUAUGUUGUAACACCACCUGCUGGAACAUAUGUUUAUGUCCCUGCACAAAUGAAUGGAUAUGGACCUGCUCCACAGCCUAUGGGAUAUCCAUAUGCACCUCCUCCAGGGAUGUAUCCACCACCUCCUGGGACAUAUAUGGCACCACCUCCUCCAUAUCCAGGUCCCUCUUCUGCUCCAGCACCUUCAGCCCCAGCUGAUGGAGGAUCAGCACCUAGAACCUGGACAGAGCCAGGAAUGCCCGGUGGCAACAAAGCAGCAGAGGCAACUUCCAGUGCAUAUUAUAAUCCAGCCAAUCCUCAUAAUGUCUACAUGCCUAUGGAUCUGCCACCUCCUUAUGCACCACCUGAGGAAAAGAAGAACAACUAACAGGAGCCCAGGAGCCGUCCUCCCAUGUUUUUUGUCCUUGGAAGACUUUUGCUAUUGCCGUCUCCUCCUGGUCCUUCCUGUCUAGUCAUCCUGUGUUAGCAACACCCACCACAUUGUGGGACAAAUGCCCACUGUUCCUAAACUGUUAGCAUGGCAGUAUAAAAGGGCAGUGACAGCAAUGCUUUCCUGACUGCUUUCUUUCUCUCUUGAGGCUAGGAUAGAACUGUUCGAGCCCAUAGCUUUGAAGAAGAGGUGAUGCAGAUGGAGCCACCUCACUUGUAGGAAUAAAUCCGAAGCAAAGCACUUUCACAAUGGGAGACGGAUACUUGUGUCUGACAGGAGUAUUACGCUUUCAUGCAUCUCUAAAUGCCUGCUGGCAUCAUGUUACAAUUCUCACUCCAUGCUGUUAAUGCAUAAGAGGGACUUCUGUACAUAUGUGACGGCUUGUAUCUCUCCAGGGAAAAGUACCAGGGAGGACUUUAGAGGAAAUUCUUCAGUGAUGUUUAGAGCAAGUGGCCUGGAGGUGGAGGGAAGGGCAGCUCACCACAGAAGGUAUAUUAGUAGCCAUAUUUUUAAACAAUUGUUACUGUUUCUUCAGCUCGUAAGUUUCAAACCAAGCUCUGAAGCAGAGAAUCUCUCUACACUUCUUAAAACCUUAGUUUUCCCUUGAAAAGGGGUCUUCAGGGGUAUGUGCAAAGUAUGUAGUAAGUUCCUCUGUUUCUGUUGGUUAAUGAGGGUAAAUGGCACUGGGUCACAUAUUGAAACAAGGCCUAUUGUUACCACAAAUGGGAAACAUGGGAAGCAUCCCCUGGUUGAGCUGGAACCAAAGAUAAAGGCUUUCUGAAAACAGUGUGGAGUUAAGAGGAACAACAUGUAGUUAACCAAAGCUUGUGGAGUACAGUAGAAAGACCAAGCAACAGAGAGCAAAUGUUCUGAGCACAGGACCCAAGCUGAGUGCUUUGGUCUAUUAGUAAUGGGCUGAUUCUUGCCCAGAACUCCACUGUGCCAGAGAGGAGUAUAUUGAAUAGGAGAAUACAUUUGCUUUCUGCUGCAGAACAUUGAAAUAAUUCUAGCAGUUGCUAAAAUUUCAGCUGGAACAUGAAGGCUACUUUUUAGGCCUCUGUGCAAUUUCACUGAGGUCGUAACAUAAUUAGAAAGCACUACAUGGGGGAUAAUAGGGGUGGGACAAUAUUGUCUUAUAUACUGAAAGCCUUGAUAGGAGGGUUUUCCCCCAAUGGAACAAUGUUGGAGGAGAUGGCUUCAAUUGAGUAAAGUUGGCUAAAUAAUAUUUGCCAGCAAGAAUUGCAGAAGCAGUUAGCAUUCCUGUAUUGAUUGUUUCACUUUCUAAUGGAUACUUUUCACAUAUGUCUUUCCCAUAUAUUUAUUCUAAGGAGAACUGCUCCACUGUUUUGAACUUGUCCUGCACUGAGCAGGAAAUUUACAUAAAACUUGAUAAUUUAGGGUAUCUUUCCUUCUCACCUCCUGGAUGCUAGGGAUGUAUUUCGCAGGCAAAAGCCCAGACCACACACUGAUAUGUGUUGGUAGGACCUUUUCUUUCUAUACUCCCUCUAGUACCUGAGCAUAUUACUCAGCAGGCAUAGGAGGAAAUUCUCUAUUAAAUUGUUUUAACCUGAAUCCAAGAAGCUUAACUUUUCAUAAUUUAAUAUUUAGCUAUGUUUGUAAUAUUUUUGAAUUGCACUUUAAUACAGAAAAAUUGAAAUACC